AUGGGACUGGUGGAGCUUGGCGUUCAGGAGGGCAGGAGGAUACAGCGCCAGCGACCAGGGACGCGGAGCGAGCGGUCCGACUGCUGCAGCAACAGGAGGCCAGAUUACGCACUGCGGGAGAUUAGAGGCGGCGAGGCGGGCCGGUGCCGAUUGGCGGUUACAAAGAAGCGGCGGGCGGAGUUGAGAGCUCUGCCCACCCGGGGUGCAACAGCAGAUACAGAGACACGUUUGAGGCCUACUGCGGAGCAUCCAGCAAUGCCUCAGUUACAAUCUAACGUCAUGGAGGCCGCAACAGCAUCUCAGUCUGCCUCCUUAACAAGACCACCAGCUUGGAAAGGGCCUAAAAUGCAGCCUUAUAACGAGGAUGAAGACAUUGAGCAUUACCUAACAACUUUUGAGAGGAUCGCAAGCGGGUGCCAGUGGCCACACGAGGAUUGGGCAUUACAUCUUGCUCCACUUCUCACUGGUAAGGCACGGGCUGCUUUUGUAGCCAUGGACAUUGAUGAGAUUAUGGACUAUGUAAAGGUGAAGAAAGCUGUUCUUGAAAAGUUUGAAAUAUGUGCAGAGACUUACAGACUCCGAUUUCGCUCCACUACGUUGGGCGAUGGCGAGACACCUAAAGAGUUAAGGACACGCUUGAAAGAACUGUAUGAUAAGUGGAUAGUUCCAAGAGAAAAGUCCAAAGAUGAAAUUGGUGAUGUCAUUGUUUUAGAGCAGUUCCUGAGAGUUCUCAAUCCUGAACUGCACACGUGGAUAAAAGAGCAUAACCCAACCACGUCUAAGCAAGCAGCAGAGCUGGCUGACGCUUUUCUUGCAGCCCGUCGGCCACUAAAGAACUAUGCAAGUCCCAAACAAUUAGCCCCUGUAAUAGCAGCACCAGGAAGGAAAGGUGACAGGGCUCCCCUGAUCCCUAUGCCAGUCAUAGACACCCCGUUCUCUCGUGUUGCGAUGGACAUCAUAGGCCCAUUAGAGAGGAGCAGUGCAGGGCACAGGUAUAUUUUGGUAGUGUGUGACUACGCUACGAGAUAUCCCGAGGCUUUCCCCUUAAAAAAGGUUAAAGCUCGUCAGAUUGCCAACUGCUUAAUACAAAUGUUCUCGAGGGUAGGCAUCCCAAAAGAAAUCAUUACUGAUCAAGGGUCCAACUUUACAUCUAACUUCAUGAGAGAAGUCUAUAGAUUGCUGGGGAUCAAAGGUAUUAAGACAAUUCCCUACCACCCACAAACAGAUGGCCUUGUUGAACGUUUCAACAAAACCCUUAAAGCUAUGUUGAGGAAGUUUGUGAAAGAUACAGGAGCGGAUUGGGACCAGUGGCUUCCUUUCUUGCUUUUUGCCUACAGAGAGGUACCUCAAGCUUCCACAGGGUUUUCUCAUUUCCAGCUCUUGUAUGGCCAUGCUGUCCGGGGUCCCCUUGAUGUGUUGAAAGAGGCUUGGGAGGCUUCAAAUCCCAGAAAACAAUGCAAUGUUCUUUCAUAUGUACUGAAAAUGAGAGAUAAGCUUGAGGAGCUCCAAGAGCUGGCCAAUACUCAUCUGGUUGGUGUCCAACAAUGUCAGAAGCAGAGUUAUGACAAAGCAGCUCGUAGGAGGAUUUUUCAAGAGGGACAAAAGGUUUUGCUGCUUCUUCCAUCGUCUGAGAACAGUCUCCUUGCCAAGUGGCAGGGACCGUAUGUGAUCAGUAGGAAAGUGGGUCCAGUUACCUAUGAACUGUACAUGCCUGAGCGUCGCAAGAAGCAUCAGAUAUUUCAUGUAAAUUUGUUGAAAGAAUGGUGUGAUCGGCCAGCAUCUUCACUAGAGUGUUGGGCUCGUGCCGUGGUCGAAGAGGAGGAACCACGGGAGCUGUUCUUUCCUUCUCCAGCAGGUCAACAACUAGUUCCUGAUGUGAGUCAUCUUACUUCCAAACAACAGACAGAGGUGAAAGCAAUUAUGCCUGCUGAUCUUUUUAGCAGCAAACCAGGUUGCGCCAAUCUCAUCCAACAUGAGAUACGACUCCAGUGUCCCAAUCAAAAACCUAUUAGGGACAUGACCUCACGGGUUCCUGCAAAGCUGAUGCCAGCGUUAAAACAAGAGGUGGAAGACAUGCUUGACAUGGGGGUCAUUGAGCCAUCUAGAGGUGAGUGGUGUAGUCCAGUGGUGCUAGUGCCGAGGAAAAAUGACCCUAAACAGAGAUUUUGUGUGGAUUUCUCUAAACUCAAUGCUGUUUCUGCUUUUGAUGCUUAUCCGAUGCCAAGAUUAGAGGAACUGAUUGAGCGCUUGGGGAACGCUAAGUAUCUUACGACACUAGACCUUUGCAAGGGCUACUGGCAAGUACCUUUGACUGAGUCUUCGAAAGAUUUGACAACUUUUAGAGUUCCCAGUGGACUUUAUCGCUUCAGAAGAAUGCCUUUUGGUCUGCACGGUGCACCAGCCACAUUUAAGAGGUUGGUGGACGAGGUUUUGAGAGGUGCAGAUGGGUAUGCUGCAGCAUACAUUGAUGACAUGGUGGUGUUUAGCGAGACCUGGGAGGAUCAUGUUCAGUGCCUUUCUGAUGUCUUUCAACGGAUUAAGAGAGCCGGGCUUGUCAUAAAUGCACACAAAUGUCACAUUGCUAAGUCUGAGGUGGAGUACUUGGGUUACGUCAUCGGGGGUGGGGUCAUCCGCCCUCAGGUGUCAAAGAUUGAAGCCCUGGGUGCCUACCCACCUCCUACGACCAAACGGAAAGUGAAAUCGUUUUUGGGUCUGGCGGGGUGGUAUCGCCGCUUCAUUCCCAACUUCUCUGCUAGAGCAGCGGUCCUUAGUGACCUUACUCGCAAAUCCAGCCCCACAAAGGUUAAAUGGACUGCCGAGUGUGAUGCAGCUUUUGUUGAUCUUAAAAACUGUUUGUGUAGUGACCCUGUUUUGCAGUGCCUGGAUUUUACCCAGCCUUUCACUUUGCAGACGGACGCUUCCGGAGAAGGACUUGGAGCAGUGUUGCUGCAGGGUGAGGGUGAGGAUAAACGACCAGUGGUGUAUAUAAGCCGUAAGCUCUUUCCUAGGUAA